CUGCAAGACAAGGAAACGGCGAAGGACGUGAAUUCAACACUAGCUAAGCUCUCCAAAGGCUCAUCCGCACUCGAUGACGCAUACAAGAAGGCAAUGAAACGCAUAGAGGGCCAGUUAACCGGAGAUUACGAACUAGCCAAAAGAGUACUAUCGUGGAUCACGUAUGCGAAACGGCCGCUUACCACGACAGAGAUCUGCUGUGCUCUGGCAGUAGAGCCGGACGAGGCGGGUCUUGAUUCUGAGAACAUACCUUAUGUUGAGGACUUAUUAUCUGUGUGUGCUAGACUAGUCGUCGUUAACCAAGAAAGCGCUGUUAUCUGUCUUGUGCAUUACACCACUAAAGAAUACUUCGCACGU